UCCAAAAUGGCGGAGGACGAUGGACCUCCACCAAACAAGAGGAACAAGUCGGAGAAAAAUAUUUUGAUUGGAGUCACUGGAAGCGUGGCGAGUAUAAAGUUACCGAAACUUGUAGAUGAGCUGCAUCGCUUACAACCAAAGGUACCAUACAUUUGUGUAAUCUCUGAAAUCUUUCGCGAUGUGCAUUCAAGCAGACCUAGAAACAUGUCACUCACUCGUCUUUAGGGUUGUUUACUGAUUAUCAACAUCUGAGAGUGAAAUUACUUACUGCCUUGAAAUUUGCGCUCUGAUCCCGAUCAAACUCUACAUUCUUGUCAUGUAACAUAUCAAUUUUAAAUUCACACGGAUAACAUGUGGUGAAUUUGAUUGUCACCAUGCCCAAUUGUGCUUUAUUAAUUGGUUCACCUUAAUUAAGUUACCUUAAAUCUUGAUCCCCUCUACUACACGCAAGUUGGACCAGAUUGACUUGAUACCAAAUUACUUGAACAGCAGAAUAAAGGGGGUAAAUUUGUACAGAAACGGUGGUGCUAUGUCGGUGGGGGAGUUUGACAAGAUAAUUUGGUUUUAUCAACUGAGUUGAUAAAUGUAAAUUGUCCACCGUGUGUAAAGAGCUUCAAAACUGACGUUUCGAGCGUUAGCCCUUCGUCAGAGCGAAAGAACUUGAACAGCUGACAUACUUAACACUGUAUCGAUUUGUAGUUUAGUAAUUCCUUGUUCUUAUUUAUUUCUUAAUACAAACAGCCAAAUAUCCAGGUUGUUGGAACAGAACACUCUAUGCACUUUUUUGAUAAAGACAAAAUUCCUGUGAAGGUUUUCAGUGACAAGGACGAAUGGGAGGUAAGCCUAGCUUUGUUUGAUGUUACAUCAUGAUGUUGUAUUUAUUUGUAUAUUGUUCUUUAUCUAAUUUAUUUAGUGCUUCAUGCAUAUGAUUUAAGAACUGGUGUAUCUCAUGUGGGAGAUGUUAACCAAAAGGUUAGUAAAGAGGGGAGAUUUUCUUCAGGAGUAUGCGCUCCCCUUCUGUCUGGUAAGAGAUAACAAAGAAAACCUUCAUAUGCCCCAAAUGACAGCAAGAAAUAUUAAGAGUAGGAAAUCAUUUAGUCAGAAAUUUUAUCUACAUUUUAAUUAUUCCUGUUCCAAGGUCUUCCUUUUUAAAAACACGUUUUUGUUUUCUGCCUUUUCUCAGUUGUUGGCUUAGCAAAUUUCUCUGAGUAAUGAUUGUGAUUGUGAUCUGUUUAUACUGGUAGGCAUGGAGUACAAUGCAAGAUCCGGUUUUGCAUAUUGAGGUAAAAACUUUUGUUUUAUUUCUAAAAAAGUUACCAGAGGAAUCCAAUAGUUUGUUUGAGAUAGUUUUGAAAAUGCUGUAGUUUUCAUGUUCAAAACACUUUCUUGAAACAUCUAAGAAAUGUUUAUUACUUUCCAGUAGCUGCGACGUUGGGCUGACAUUUUGGUUAUUGCACCACUUGACGCCAACACUAUGGCCAAAAUGGCAAAUGGUUUGUGCGACAACCUCUUGGUGAGUUCAAACCUUUAACUUUCAACUCACUUAGCAAACUUAGCCAUUGCUGACAACAUGUUCUUUUGCUUAUUACCAGACCUGCAUAGUCCGUGCAUGGGAUCUUAAGAAACCUUUACUGUUCUGCCCAGCAAUGAACACUCUAAUGUGGGAACACCCAAUCACCUCUGAGCAGGUUAAACGACUAAUUAACCUAGGAUAUACAUAUGUCCCACCAAUCAAAAAGACUCUGGCAUGCAAGGACACUGGUAAGAUUUAUUUGGACUGUUCCAUGUAUGCACCUGAUGUUCUCUUCUGUAAAACAUGAAUUUGUUCCUAGAACCUGAGUUAUACUUAUUCUAUUAUUCUGUUAGUUUCUCUGUCUAUAAUAUAAGUCAGCCAGUCAAUCAAGCUCUCAGGAACUCUGCAACAAUUUUUCUCAAAUACUGGUAUAUGGAAAAUUAAAAGCAAAAAAUACAUGUUGAGUCAUGUAAUUUGCCAUCUUUUUUCACAUAUUUUAGGUAUUGGAGCAAUGGCUGAAGUUACAAGUAUUGUAGCAAUAGUAAAAGAUCACUUGGAAACAAUGAAAUGAUAUAGUAUAAAUUUCCUUUUUUUUUAGUUUAUAAUAUCAACCAGAAUUCUGUAGGGUCAAGUUGACACAUUACAUUUUUCCUUUGAGCAACAUAAAAAAACAUUAUGUAUUGCAAUGGACUCACAUUUUUCUAUCAUUUUUGACUAGUCCUGUUCAAAUAAUACAUUGCAUUUGAAGUUUAUGAUUGCAACUUAUAGAUCAAACCCAAUUCCCUUCACCCUUAACGGUUCUGAAUUCAACAUACUCUAUUCAUUUGCCUACAAGCUAACCUAUUAUUUCAAGACCUUAAACUCAGUCUUGGAAUGCAAUGUAUAUGAAGUGAC